AUGGCAACAACUUAUGUUCAAGAUGACACCGUUGAUCCAUCGUUCAAAAAUAUACAAGGAUUGAAUCUUGAUGAUAAAAGAACCCAAGCGAUUCUUCUAAGGACGAAAGGCUUUGCAAAAAAUUAUCCAAGAAUGGACAAAACUGAAAUGUUUACUGCUUACGAAUGUUCAUCGAUUAGCAUAUAUUUGAAUGGGACAAAACCGGGCUUUAAUACCACGAAACACGAGGUUGACCACAUUUUGAGUGUUUCAUAUCAAAUUUUCAGAGACUAUUGUGCUUUAAUGUGUCAUGGAUUACAAGGAGUUACCGAAAAUUUAACAUUCAAUUGUAAAACUGGUGAGGUUUGUCCACUAAUGAAAAAACAUAAGAAGACUGCACGGACUUUUUAUGCUGUUCACCGAUCCACCAUUCAAAAUUUUGAUCUAUUGAGAUCAAUCUUUCUUUACACAUGGGAUCAGUAUUUUGGGGAAGAGGGUGUUUGUCCAUGUGUUGAGGUCGGUGGUGAUCUACUUGCAAUAGCCAAUGAUCCCCCCGUAAACACAUCUACUUCUGGAGAUGGUCUUCUCAAUCCAUAUAGUGAUGUUGGUGAUGUUCCGCGUGUGAUAGCUGAUGAUCCCCCCAUGAACACAUCUACUUUUGGAGAUGGUCUUAAUCCAUAUAGUGAUGUUGGUGAUGUUCAGCGUGUGAUUGCCAAUGAUCCCCCGGUAAAUAAUAGUGUACUUCAGCAAACAAAUAAGCGUACUCAUGAUGACACUGAGAAGGAUAGUUCAAGUGAUUCCGAGGUGAGAAUACUGAAACUGUAUGUUGCAAGUACUCCACCUGACACCGAACACAAUGUUGGUUGA